UGACCCAGUUUCUCUCGAGUUUUGCUGGAGGUAAGACGUUCUUGUCGCAAUCAUGGUGGUCAAGUUCCAAGUCUUCAAGAAGGGUUCCCCGAAUUCCAAGAUCACGCUGUACCUCACACGGCGGGAUCAUAUGGACCAUGUGACCCACGUCGACAACAUCGAGGGCGUGAUCGUGCUGGAUCCUAACUACGUGAAUUCCCGCAAUGUGUACGUUCAGCUGGCCCUCAACUUCCGCUUCGGCAGGGAGGAGGACGAGUCCCUGGGGUACAGUUUUGUGAAGACACUGUACGUCAACACUACACAGGUGUACCCGCCCGAGAGGGAGAGGCCCACCACUGAGCUACAGAGGAAUCUUAUCUCCAAGCUGGGUAACUUCGCCUUCCCCUUCGACAUGUCCUUCCCGGAGCUGGCCUCGCCCUCCUACUCCCUCAUGCUGGGCUGGCAGGACUUGGGCUCUCUCAUGGGCAUCGAGUACGAGGUCAUGGGUUUCGUGGGAGGCAACCAGCACGACAUGCAACAGAGGAGCACCGCCAGCCUCACAGUGCGGCGCCUGAUGGAAUGCCCCGCCAGCCUGUUCGAAAAGCCGGCGCCGCAGAAGUGCAUCUCUCGCUCCUUCCUCACCUGCACUGGCUGUGUGAGCAUCGAGGCCAAGCUUAACUCCAACGUGUACUACCCCGAGGAGAACAUCAUGGUCAGGGUGGAGCUCAAGAACAACACCUCCAGGGAGAUUAAGAGGCUAAAGGUGAAGCUCGUGCAGAAGAGCGAGGUGCCGAUGUUCCAGGAUGGACAGGUGCGCGACAAGACGAUCUGCAAGGUGGAUGACCCCCUCAGCCUGCCGCCCGGAGCUCUCACCACGCGGGAGUUCGUGCUCGUCCCCUCCAUCCCUAGCAAGCCUGCCCACGGCGAGAUCUUCCUCCAGUCCAACCUUAAGGGUGACGAAGAGUCUGUGCUGGCGCCCUCCACGCUCAUCGCGCCCUCCAUCAAGAAAAGCGACCUCUUCGGCGUGCACGUGUCGUAUGUGGUGCGGGUCAAGGCUACACUGGGCACGCUCGUAGGGGACGCCAUCUUGGACGUUCCCUUCGUGCUAGCCGUGCAGCAAGGGUCUUGAACAUGCUGCAGGUGGAAGUUAUGAAGGUGAUGGGUGUGGUGACUCUGCUGGCAACGCAAGGCAGAUGAUGAGUAAAGACGAGUGAUGAGCAGAGAGGUGACACAAGCAACUCUUUAUAAUCAAUAUAUAAUUCUUUUUUAACAUUAUCUAAACUUUUUUUUUGUCGAUUUGUUACACGUGGUUGCCUAAAGAGUCAUGGAUUAUUUUUGGCCUGCACAGAUAAAUCGAUAACUUUUUUUUUUUUUUUUUUUAUCUAAACUGGUCUUUUUUUUAUGAUUUGUUACAUGUGAACCCCUAAAAAAAGUCAUGAAUUAUUUUGCCCUACGCAGAUACACCGAUGGAUAACUUUUUUUAUUUUUUAUUUAAACUUUCCUUUUUAAUAAUGAGUUAUAUGUGGAUCCUUAAAAAAAAAAAAAAAGUCAUGCAUUAUUUUCUCCUGCACAGAUAGUCUUUAUGUCCCAAAGGCAUAGAAAACGGGCCAUUAUGGAACACUGUCCUUUACAUUUACGUAAAGAAUAGGAAACAUUACUGCAUGUACUCAGAAAAACCACAGCAUUUGUUAUAUAUAUAUAUAUAUUUUUUCCUGAUGGAGAGUGUUCAGUGACGAGUGAGCUGUGUGUUGUUAUUGGCGUUGUCUAUUAUGUUAUCUAUGCUGUAAUGAUUUGUUGCUAUUCACUACAUUGUUGUAUAUUUAUCAGUGUAUAAUAUUUGUUACUAUAUAGAAGCCCUACUCCCUUGCGUAAUACAAGAAUUCAUGUUUGUACUAAGGAGAGUCAUGCUACAACUACAAAUCCUACUACUAAAAGAACAACAAAAAUGACUACUACUACUACUACUACUACUACUACAUACAACUUAGUACCACAACUACUGCCAACAGCAUUACUACUACUACUACUACUACUACUACUACUACUACUACUAUUACUACUACUACUACUACAUACAACUUAGUACCACAAUUACUGCCAACAGCAUUACUACUACUACUACUACUACUACUACUUCCCUCACGGCUAGGCAUCCCAUGACAAGCGUACCAACCUAACCUUACGAAUCCCUGAGUGCGUCUGUGUGUAUAUAAGCCUUUUUGUAUUCUGAUGAGAGUUACGAAUAAACAGUGAGAUGAUGAGGCGAA